GUGUGAUGGCGGCGCGGUGGAGCUUUCGGUGACGUGUGGAGACAGAAAACUGACAAGGAACUCAGACCAUUGAGUACGUGUCACUUGAAAAAACCUGAAGAAUCUGGUUUAUCGGGUCAGCCGACAGCAGAAAAUGAAAAGUAGUGUGGCACACAUGAAAUCCUCUGGUCACGACAGAAGGGAGAGCCACAAUUCAUACCACAGGAGGAGCUCCUCCCGAGAAGACAGAUAUACAGAACAAGACCGGUCCCCCCGGGAUAGAGACUAUUCUGAUUACAGCCGGUCAGACUAUGAGCGAUGCAGAAGAGGAUACUCUUACGAUGACAGCAUGGAAUUACGAAGCAGGGACCGAGAGAAACGCAGAGAGAGAGAAAGAGACGCAGACCAUCGCAAACGGUCCCGGAAAUCCCCGUCUCCAGAAAGGAGGAGCCCAGACCGAGGAGUGAGCCAGAGUUCUACUCAGGAAGAACCGACAUCGAAGAAGAAGAAGAAGGAUGAGCAGGACCCGCUGCUCACCCGCACCGGGGGAGCGUAUAUUCCUCCUGCAAAGCUCAGGAUGAUGCAGGAGCAGAUUACGGAUAAAAACAGCUUAGCAUACCAGAGGAUGAGCUGGGAGGCUCUGAAGAAAUCCAUCAAUGGUCUCAUCAACAAGGUCAACAUCUCGAAUAUAAGCAUCAUUAUCCAAGAGCUCCUUCAAGAGAACAUCGUCAGAGGGAGAGGACUGCUGUCCAGAUCUGUUCUGCAAGCACAGAGCGCUUCUCCCAUCUUCACUCACCUUUAUGCAGCUUUGGUGGCGAUAAUCAACUCAAAGUUCCCACAGAUUGGAGAACUGAUCCUCAAGAGACUAAUUAUUAAUUUUCGGAAAGGAUACCGAAGGAACGAUAAGCAACUUUGCCUGACUGCUUCAAAAUUUGUGGCACAUCUAAUUAACCAAAAUGUGGCACAUGAGGUUCUGUGCCUGGAGAUGCUCACUUUGCUGCUAGAGAGACCAACAGAUGACAGUGUUGAAGUAGCUAUCGGCUUCCUCAAGGAGUGUGGUCUCAAAUUAACCCAGGUGUCACCAAGGGGAAUCAAUGCAAUCUUUGAACGCCUGCGAAACAUUCUGCAUGAGUCCAAGAUUGACAAAAGAGUCCAGUACAUGAUUGAAGUGAUGUUUGCUGUACGGAAGGAUGGAUUCAAGGACCACCCUGUUAUUCUGGAAGGACUUGACUUAGUGGAAGAGGAUGAUCUGUUUACACACAUGCUCCCCUUGGAGGAAGACUACAAUCCAGAAGAUGUUCUUAAUGUUUUUAAGAUGGAUCCUAAUUUUAUGGAGAAUGAAGAGAAGUACAAGGUUAUUAAAAAAGAAAUCCUUGAUGAAGGAGACAGUGACUCAAACACAGACCAGGAAGCAGGAAGUAGUGAAGAUGAGGAGGAGGAGGAAGACGAGGAGGAAGGAGAAGAGGAGGAAGGAGGACAAAAAGUAACUAUUCAUGAUAAAACAGAAAUCAACCUAGUCUCGUUUCGCCGUACAAUAUAUCUUGCUAUUCAGUCAAGUUUAGAUUUUGAAGAAUGUGCACACAAGUUGCUGAAAAUGGAGUUUGCUGAGAGCCAAACAAAAGAACUCUGCAACAUGAUACUUGAUUGCUGUGCCCAACAAAGAACCUAUGAAAAAUUUUUUGGCCUGUUAGCUGGGCGGUUUUGUAUGCUGAAAAAAGAGUACAUGGAAUCAUUUGAAAGUAUAUUCAAGGAACAGUACGAUACCAUCCACCGCCUAGAGACAAACAAAUUGAGAAAUGUUGCUAAGAUGUUCGCUCACCUUUUAUACACAGACUCACUUCCGUGGAGUGUUCUCGAGUGUAUAAAGCUGAGUGAAGAGACGACGACAUCAUCCAGUAGGAUUUUUGUCAAGAUCUUCUUCCAGGAGCUGUGUGAAUACAUGGGUCUUCCUAAACUGAAUGCGAGGUUAAAGGAUGAAACUCUUCAACCGUUCUUUGAAGGACUGUUACCCCGAGACAACCCACGCAACACCCGGUUUGCCAUCAACUUCUUCACUUCCAUAGGUCUCGGAGGAUUGACGGAUGAACUUCGAGAACAUCUGAAAAAUACGCCCAAGGUCAUUGUAGCCCAGAAACCAGACGCUGAGCAGAAGAAACCGGUCCUGACAUCUUCAUCUUCAGAGUCUUCCUCGGGGUCUGAUUCCUCUGACUCAGAUUCUGACAGCAGCGAGAGCAGCUAAGAGUCCUCCAGUGAAGCGAGCAACUCCUCCUCCUACUCCAGCAGUCAGAGCUCUGCCUCAGCUAAAGGUACAAGAAAGAAAAGACAAGGAAAGGCCAGAGGUGAAGAAGUAGAUAAGUUAGCCAGGAGCCACCAGGCACGUGACAGGCAGCGAGAAGGAGGCAGA